AUGGCGCAGAAACACGCUACGCACUGCAAAAUAGACCACUAUUACAAACUAGAGAAUAAAUGUCUCGAACUAAAGAGACUUGUCAUGGAAAAGACUGAAGAAUUGAAGCGAAGAGAUAAAAUAAUAGCGCUUCUAGAAAAUGAAAUCGAUGAUAAGGAUGCAACUAUUAGGCAUUUAAAAAAUGAGAUAGACAAAUACAGGCAAGUCGUUAAACCUUUGACGAAGCAGAUUUUACAAAGGGUUGACGUGGAAGAUGAUAGGUCAAUUAAGGCACCUGGAGUUGAGAAUACGAGAGUACUGCCUCUGGGUGAACCCAGGCUUAAGAGGACGGCGAUAUCAGCAGAACCAUUAUCAUCAUUAUCUCAGGAUUGUGAAAUGAGACUUAUUAAAAUACCCAAGAAUCACAAGUCCAGAGAACUUAUUAAGGGUGCUAUUUUGGAUAACGACUUCAUGAAGAACUUAGAAAUGACACAAAUACGUGAAAUAGUAGACUGCAUGUAUCCAGUUGAAUAUGCUGCCGGCAGCCUUAUUAUCAAGGAGGGAGAUGUUGGCAGCAUCGUAUACGUCAUGGAAGGUUAG